UCCUCCAAUGUCCGAUUCAAGUUGAUCUGCUGUUUACCGGCUUUUCUGGUGAUAAUUGCCUUCUUCGUCGCCCUCAUCAUACUGCUCGGCCUGUCACACGCCCACGACGACAUAACUGAGCUGCUUCGCGACAGCCGUCUUCUGCCCAUCUUCGUUGUGCUCAGCUGUAUCCUCUUUCUCAGCUGCUUCGGCUCUUUCCCCAUGCUCUUUCAACUGAUGCGUUCGUUGUUGCUUGCGCCCACACGCCACCUGAAAAGUGCCGCAGCCACCCUGUCCGGCCGGAAGGUGUCCGGCCGACGAAGACUGGUUGCCUGUCUGCAGCGCUUCUUCUUCGCUUGUUUCUCUUGUCGUGACGAACACGCUCAACGCAACAAGCCGAAGCUGGCCAGUGGCCGGAGCAGCAGCAUUUGGUGGAGCAGCCUGACUCCAGGUCUGAGCGGCGGCUUCACGGGUUUUGGUUCGACUCCCGAAGACGCAGAGUGCGCCAGGCUUAAAGCCCGUCUAGAGGCCGGAUUAGCCGAGGCCUGUGACGGCGGUCGUCGGCGGCCGAUGACGGAGGCCGGAGAUCAUGAAGACGCCGAUGGGAAUGGUGACGUCACCGACGUCUGCAUGACUACUCUUACGUCGGGUCUAGUGGACGCCGAGACGCCAUUGGUGGGCCUCGAACUAGGCACCGGAAUGGCUGGCUGUCCAGCCGGACCCUUGGGGCCUGCGGGUGCCGGCAGUGUCGGGCCAGAUGGAGGCGUCGGAGGACGAAGUGGCGAACUCGGCGCCCCGGCGGCUGGACUUCUCAAAUCGCCGUCCGUCAAGAGUCUGGUAGCCAAGGCGACAAAAGCAUCACGCGCUGUGCUAGCCACUUCAACGGCCGAUAUGCUUGCCAGACAGGAAUUCUCGAAGGCCUGUGCUCUCCUCAACACCUUCGACCGCUACCUGAAUGUUGAGCAGACGCGAGUCGUCUUCUGCGUAGACGCCACGGAGACGAAUCAGCGCGAAAAAUUGGCCACUCUCAUUUAUCAGGUGCACAGCUUCAUAUUGGCCGAGCCGGACGCUCCAGUCGCCGUGGUUAUCGCUUGCAACUUCAAGGUAGGAUGCCGGAGACUCCUCAGUACUUUUGACUACGUUCUUUGA